AUGUCAUACGCCGAUACCAUAUCCCUCUCCCUCUCCACGUCCGUCCUCUUCAACUACCCCUUCGCGUCAUUUGCGCGCCUCCCAGUCUCCCUCACAAUCUCCUUGUCGCACUUCUCAUCUUCGGUCCUCUUGACACCUCCACAGCCACAUGCACAGCACCCGACUGUCACACUCAAUCUCCCUUCACCCGGCACCGACUUCGUGCUUAACAUACAGACAAAAUCCCUCAUGGGCAGUCGCGCGAAACUUGCGGAUGUACCCAAAUUGCAUGAACUGAUUACACACCAGAUACGACGUGUAUUGCUAGAGAAAGGGACAUGGAAAAUCGUGUUGCCCGGGCUCGCCAGUGUAAGCGAAGUAAAAGAGGAUGUCAAGAGGGAACAGCAAGCAGGUGAAUUGCCUGUCAACUGA